CUGCCCCUCCCCCACCUCCUAGGGCCGUUUCGGUUUAAUCUAGUGUGUGAGUGAGUCUGUGUGAGGGACCGAGUGUGUGUGUGAGGUGCUGAGGUGAGGCAGAGGCUAGAAAAGGGGUUCCCUCAAGACGAGGGACAAAGGGGGCGUGAGGCACCUAGGCCGCGGGACCCGGGCGACAGGAAGCCGCCCUGAGCCGGGCUACCGGGUAGGGGAAGGGCCCGCGCUGUCCUCACAGGGCCCCAGAGCCGGAGUCGGCCCCACAGCCCCGGGCCGAGAGCUUCCUACUUCCUCGACCUCCCCGGCGCCCGGGCCUGAGGAUUGGCUCGGCGAGGGGAGAAGGGGAAGCAGACUUGAGCAGCUAUCCGUUGUCUCUCAACUCCACUGCUGAGGAAUUCUAAUUUCUUCCGUCGCUCCUUCACCCCCCACCUCAUGUAGGAGGGUGCUGAGGAGUCGGGAGGGAGGAGGAGCCUGGGCUACCGUCCCUUCCCUUUCCACCCCCUUCCAGGGGCGCUUUGGUGGGCGUGGAGUCGGGGUUGGGGGGGAGGGUGGGGGUUACUUUUUGGAGUGCUGGGGAACUUUUUCCCCUUCUUCAGGCGACGGGAAAGGGAAUGCCCAAUUCAGAGAGACAUGGGGGCAAGAAGGACGGGAGUGGAGGAGCUUCUGGAACUUUGCAGCCGUCAUCGGGAGGUGGCAGCUCCAACAGCAGAGAGCGUCACCGCUUGGUGUCGAAGCACAAGCGGCAUAAGUCCAAGCACUCCAAAGACAUGGGGUUGGUGGCCCCCGAAGCAGCCUCCUUGGGUACAAUUAUCAAACCUCUGGUGGAGUAUGAUGACAUCAGCUCUGACUCGGACACCUUCUCUGAUGACAUGGCCUUCAAAUUAGACAGGAGGGAGAAUGAUGAGCGUCGUGGAGCGGAUCGCAGUGACCGCCUGCACAAACACCGUCACCACCAGCACAGGCGUUCCCGGGACUUGGGGAAAACCAAACAGACCGAAAAGGAAAAGAACCAGGAGGUCUCCAGCAAGUCGGGAUCCACGAAGGAGCGCACGUCGGGAAGUUCGAAGCGUUCGAACGAGGAGAACGAGGACUAUGGCAAGGCACAGAUAGCCAAAAGCAGCAGCAAGGAAUCCAGGUCAUCCAAGCUGCAUAAGGAGAAGACCCGGAAAGAACGCGAGUUGAAGUCGGGUCACAAAGACCGGAGUAAAAGCCAUCGGAAAAGGGAAACACCCAAAAGUUACAAAACCGUGGACAGCCCGAAGCGGAGAUCCAGGAGUCCCCACAGGAAGUGGUCUGACAGCUCCAAACAAGACGAUAGUCCCUCCGGAGCGUCCUAUGGCCAAGAUUAUGACCUGAGCCCCCCGAGGUCUCACACCUCGAGCAACUACGACUCGUACAAGAAGAGUCCGGGAAGUACCUCAAGAAGGCAGUCGAUUAGCCCACCGUACAAGGAGCCUUCGGCCUACCAGUCCAGCACGCGGUCACCCAGCCCCUACAGUCGGCGACAGAGGUCUGUGAGUCCCUACGGCCGGAGACGGUCGUCCAGCUAUGAAAGGAGUGGCUCCUACAGCGGCAGAUCGCCCAGCCCCUACGGUCGACGGCGGUCCAGCAGCCCUUUCUUGAGCAAGCGUUCUCUGAGCCGGAGCCCCCUCCCCAGUAGGAAAUCCAUGAAGUCCAGAAGUAGAAGUCCUGCAUAUUCAAGACACUCAUCUUCUCACAGUAAAAAGAAGAGAUCCGGGUCACGCAGUCGUCAUUCCAGUAUCUCACCUGUCAGGCUUCCACUGAAUUCCAGUCUGGGUGCUGAACUCAGUAGAAAAAAGAAGGAAAGAGCAGCAGCAGCAGCAGCAGCAAAACUGGAUGGAAAGGAAUCCAAAGGUUCACCUUUAUUUUUGCCUAAAAAAGAAAACAGCAGUUCAGUAGAGGCUAAAGAUUCAGGCUUGGAGUCCAAAAAGUUACCCAGGGGUGUAAAAUUGGAAAAAUCUGCUGCAGAUACUGAACUGGUAAAUGUAACCCAUCUAAAUACAGAGGUCAAAAAUUCUUUAGAUACAGGGAAAGUAAAGUUGGAUGAAAACUCUGAGAAGCAUCCUGUUCUUAAAGAUUUGAAAGCACAGGGAACAAGAGACUCUAAACCCAUAGCACUGAAAGAGGAGAUUGUUACUCCAAAGGAAACAGAGACAUCAGAAAAGGAGACUCCUCCACCUCUUCCCAUAAUUACUUCUCCUCCACCCCCUUUACCAACUACUGCCCCUCCACCUCAGACACCCCCUUUGCCACCUUUGCCUCCACUGCCUGCUGUUCCUCAGCAACCGCCUCUGCCUCCUCCCCAGCCAGCAGUUAGUCAGGCUCCUGCUUCUAGUACUUCAGCUUUGCCCCCUUCUACUCAUGCAAGGACGUCUGCUCUGUCCUCUCAGGCAAAUUCUCAGCCCCCUGUACAGGUUUCCAUGAAGACACAAGUAUCUGUAACAGCUGCUAUUCCACACCUGAAAACAUCAACGUUGCCUCCUCUGCCUCUCCCACCCUUAUUACCAGGAGAGGAUGACAUGGAUAGUCCAAAAGAAUCUCUCCCUUCAAAACCUGUAAAGAAAGAGAAGGAACAGAGGACACGACAUUUACUUACAGACCUCCCUCUGCCUCCUGAACUCCCUGGUGGAGAUCCAUCCCCCCCAGACUCUCCAGAACCAAAGGCAAUCACACCACCUCAACAACCAUAUAAAAAGAGACCAAAAAUUUGUUGUCCACGGUAUGGAGAGAGAAGGCAAACUGAAAGCGACUGGGGGAAGCGCUGUGUGGACAAGUUUGACAUUAUUGGGAUUAUUGGCGAGGGAACCUAUGGCCAAGUAUAUAAAGCCAAGGACAAAGAUACUGGAGAACUGGUGGCUCUGAAAAAGGUGAGACUAGACAAUGAGAAAGAGGGCUUCCCAAUCACAGCCAUUCGUGAGAUCAAAAUUCUUCGUCAGUUAAUCCAUCGGAGUGUUGUUAACAUGAAGGAAAUUGUCACAGAUAAACAGGAUGCAUUGGAUUUCAAGAAGGACAAAGGUGCCUUUUACCUUGUAUUUGAGUACAUGGACCAUGACUUAAUGGGACUGCUAGAAUCUGGUUUGGUGCACUUUUCUGAGGACCAUAUCAAGUCAUUCAUGAAACAGCUGAUGGAAGGAUUGGAUUACUGUCACAAAAAGAAUUUCCUGCAUCGGGAUAUUAAGUGUUCUAACAUUUUGCUGAAUAACAGUGGGCAAAUCAAACUAGCAGAUUUUGGACUUGCUCGGCUCUAUAACUCUGAAGAGAGUCGCCCUUAUACAAACAAAGUUAUUACUCUAUGGUACCGACCUCCAGAACUACUACUGGGAGAAGAGCGGUAUACACCAGCCAUUGAUGUUUGGAGUUGUGGAUGCAUCCUUGGAGAACUGUUCACAAAGAAGCCCAUCUUUCAAGCUAAUCUGGAAUUGGCUCAGCUAGAACUGAUCAGCCGACUCUGUGGUAGUCCUUGUCCAGCUGUGUGGCCUGAUGUUAUCAAACUGCCCUACUUCAAUACCAUGAAACCGAAGAAGCAAUAUAGAAGGCGUCUACGAGAAGAAUUCUCUUUCAUUCCUUCAGCAGCACUUGAUUUAUUGGACCACAUGCUGACACUAGAUCCUAGCAAGCGAUGCACAGCUGAACAGACCCUACAGAGUGACUUCCUUAAAGAUGUCGAGCUCAGCAAAAUGGCUCCUCCAGACCUCCCCCACUGGCAGGAUUGCCAUGAGCUAUGGAGUAAAAAGCGACGACGACAGCGACAAAGUGGUAUUGUGGUGGAAGAGCCACCUCCAUCCAAAACCUCUCGAAAAGAAACUACCUCAGGGACAAGUGCUGAGCCUGUGAAGAACAGCAGCCCAGCACUACCUCAGCCUGCUCCUAGCAAGGUGGAGCCUGGGGCUGGGGAUGCAAUAGGCCUUGGUGACAUCACACAGCAGCUAAAUCAAAGUGAAUUGGCAGUGUUAUUGAACCUGCUGCAGAGCCAAACCGACCUGAGCAUCCCUCAGAUGGCACAGCUGCUUAACAUCCACUCCAACCCAGAGAUACAGCAGCAGCUGGAAGCUCUGAAUCAAUCCAUCAGUGCCCUGACGGAAGCCAGUUCCCAGCAGCAGGACUCAGAGCCCAUAGCCCCAGAGGAGUCUUUAAAGGAGGCACCCCCUGCCCCAGUGGUCCUGCCUUCAGCAGAACAGACAACCCCUGAAGCUUCAAGCACACCAGCUGACAUGCAGAAUAUGUUGGCAGUUCUCUUGAGUCAGCUGAUGAAAACCCAGGAGCCAGCAGGCAACCUGGAGGAAAACAACAGUGACAAGAACAGUGGGCCACAGGGACCCCGAAGAACUCCCACAAUGCCACAGGAGGAGGCAGCAGCAUGUCCUCCUCACAUUCUUCCACCAGAGAAGAGGCCCCCUGAGCCCCCCGGACCUCCACCGCCGCCACCUCCACCCCCUCUGGUUGAAGGCGAUCUUUCCAGCGCCCCCCAGGAGUUGAACCCAGCCGUGACAGCCGCCUUGCUGCAACUUUUAUCCCAACCUGAAGCAGAGCCUCCUGGCCACCUGCCACAUGAGCACCAGGCCUUGAGACCAAUGGAGUACUCCAACCGGCCCCAUCCAAACAGGACUUAUGGAAACACUGAUGGGCCUGAAACAGGGUUCAGUGCCACUGACACUGAUGAACGCAACUCUGGUCCAGCCUUGACAGAAUCCUUGGUCCAGACCCUGGUGAAGAACAGGACCUUCUCAGGCUCUGUGAGCCACCUUGGGGAGUCCAGCAGUUACCAGGGCACAGGGUGGUGGCAGCAGCAGGACUGGCCCCUGAGGAACUCAGCGAUGUCCAUCCAUCGCCUCUCAUCCAGAGCCUGGCCAGAGGGAGAUUCUGCCUGGCUCAACGCUGUGAGAUGCCAGAGGUGGAGGCCUGCCAGUCACUUCCUCCAUCCCAGGACCCAGUGGGCAGGGCAGCAGCACCCGGCGCUCACUCCCACCCUUCCUGCCCGCUGGCCUCCUCUGUCAGCAGUGCCUCUCCCAAGACUGCAAUCCAGACAGCACAAGCAGCAGGCCCCGAUCAGUGCCAGCUCUGAUGUGGAGACCAAGCCCCCGUGGAAUCCGGCCCCGGAGUUCCUGUGUGGUCCUGAUCUGGAGAGUUCCCAGGAAGACAGGGAAAGGAAAGUUCUUCCUACUGCCUGGGGAGAGACCUGGAUGCCUGAAGCUCCCACCUUGACCCCUUGAAGUUGCUGUGCGGGUCCUUUCUCUGGAGCGCCCACAGCCAUCGAGGAGAAGGAAGGCAGAGAAGGGGCCAGCCUGAGCUGGCCGUUCCUUGGUUUCCAUCAGCAGUCAGGGAGAUGAAACCGACCAGAGAGGAAGCCAGGAGGGAGAUUCCUGAAACAGCAGCCUUUCCCCCAUCUCUCUUGCUCCACCCUCACACACGACAAGUCUGUGCACUCGAGUGUGCCACUCUCCCUGGCUGGCGACCCUGCUCUGCCCCACACAGAGCACUGCUGGGGUCUCUCGUACUCCUUGGCUCACUCAUCUCCUUGUGUCUGUGUUGCAGAUGCCAAGGGAUGAAGGUGGGGUUCUGGCCCUGAGAGUAGGGAUAUGGUGGGCCCUGGAGUCCAUUGGGUGCAUAUUUGUCUGUCUGGAUGGAAGGGAGGCACUGGCCAAGGCCACUGGCAGCUAACCAAAGCCCAAAGUCCCAGUGACUCAUGGCAAUGGAGCUGGCUCUUGGAAACAGCAGGGGAAGGGACUCCAGCCCUGUUGGAGCUCCUUUUUGGCCCCCAUUUCUCCCCACUCUGAGCUCUGUGGAUGAAGUUUCAUCUGGAUCCUGGGGGCAAGGUGAGACCCUAGCUGUGAAAAAGAAGGAAAUGGGCGAGAAGAGAGCAGGGCAGGCUGAGCACGCCAGUGAAAAAUGCCCCAGCCAGGGAAUGAUAAGAGAGGCCAGUUAGUCCUACCCUACUGUGUCCAUUGGCUGCACAGAGGGCAUUGGGCAUCCGUUGUGCUGGGGCAGCUCGGUGGCCCUGGGCACCUUCCAGAAGAGCUUUCCAGACAGACACAGCCACUCUUCCCUGCCCUCGUUUGUUGCCCAGAUUUUUGGGUACCCAGCUGACACCAAAUUUUUAGAAAUAGAAACAAACACACAACCCAGAAAGCCAAAAGACACUAUUACAAGAUGGGAACCUGAAAGGAUUAGCACCUGGGGUCAGUACUGUCCCCCUGGGACAAGAGAGCAGCAGUGAGGGGUGCCUGGCUUGGCUGAACCAGGAUCAGUACAGGCCGGGAAGUGGCUGCAGAACCACAGAUCUCAGAAGUGCCGACGCCCGCCUCCCUCACAGGCCAGGUAAGCGAUGUGCAUCUUCUCCAUGCAUCCUCAGUCAGGGGGAGGAGAGGAUUGUGUGCUGGAGGUCAUACCCAGAAAGAGGCCGUAAGUGGCCCUGGAGAACUAGUCAUGCCUGUGCAAGGGGAACAGUUGAGGAUCUUGGGUGCCAGUGGGUCCAAAUGCAUGACCAUAAAGGCCCCGUACUUGAACCUCAGAGAGCAGUGGGCUCAAAGGAUGGGCACUGGGACAGAGCCUCAGUUCUCAUUUGCCUACUUCUGUGCUGUCCAGUGCUGGCGGCUCUGCUCUCCAGCUAGGGUGAGGAGCCCUUUGCAUAGCUGCUCCUGGCGAUACAAAGACAGCUUUGGUUGGGGAAACAGACAGACCAGCCCACUCUUCGUGCAAGGACGUGGGACAGCCCCACUCCCCCAGCUCUCUCUCUGGCAGCGUUAGAAGCCCAGGGCCCUGCCAAAAAACCCAUAAUAAAGCUCAGUGCUGAACUAAACCAACACAUCACCUUGGCCCUGGGUAAGGGGAGCUUGGGUGCACCAGGUGGGGUGUAGGCAGGUGUGGGGAGCUCAGCUGCAGGAGAGAGAAGAAUCCUCGAAGCCUCGUGUUCCCUGGUCCUUCUCUUUCCCAAGCCUCUUUCCCUGCGCCCUGCUCUUUCACCUCCUGUUAGCCAGCUGCACUCCCGGCCACCGUAUCCCCUCCAGUCUGCGAGGACAUGGUAAGCAGUCUGUUUCCUACUCUUUUCUCAUUCUCUCUCUCCUCUCCAAGCUCCCAUCUGAGCUUCUUUCCAUGGGAUCUGACCCCAGGAUCUCCAGCCUGACUCCCCCUGAUCCUGCGAAUGGUGCUGGGGUAGGGAGGACCCAUCCGUCUUCAUCAUCCCCGCAAGUAUAGCCAGGCCAAGACUGGUAUGUCCACCUGCAUCAAGGGCCCUGGCCUGAAGCAGAGGGCAGCCCUGGUGAUGCCAUGGGGCCCUGGCCCUUAACUGCGUGUAUGCCUGUGCAUUGGGCACACUGGUUUAUUAGUGUUAUUUCAGCAUUGUGAUGCAGAGAGAGUAAGUGUAACAGCUGCUCCUUGCUUGCAGUGUUUAUUGUUACCUAGAGACAACCUCCUGGCUUUUUCCCAGCUCCCCCUCCCCCCCCCCCCCAGCCCAACCCCCUCCUUGCCAACAAUCCUGCUCUCCCUACACUGAUGGGAAAUUUAUAGCUUGCCCAUACUAUGCCUUUAACCCUCUCCUGCCCAUAGGGUAGAUGGGCCAAGGGAAGCCAAAGAGUAAUGGGCAUGUUGGGCCCCAGCAGGGUGGAAUAACCUAUGGAGGCGGGAGAGAGAUGUGACACUCUCUCUCCAUUUUAUGUGUCCAGUUUCAGGCCCCAGUUGCCCUCCUAUCUGUUACGUGAAAAAAGAGGAAAGAUCUUUGGACCUAGCCUUAAGAUCCCAGCAUCUUCCCCACAAAAUUAUUCCCUUCCCUGGACAUCUCUAAGCACCUGGCCAGGUUGUCUGGACCUAAGGUAAUACUGAAAUGGAGGGGAUGACUUCGGAGUGGCAGAGGCCUGGCCUCUUCCUUUCUGUCUGAGAGAGGCCGCUCUAGAGACGGCACCCAGUGAGACAAGCAAGAGGCCUGGCUUGAGAAAUGCAGGCCGGACCACUGCAGCCAGGUCAAUGCCAGACAAGCCUGCGCUCAGCCUGGAGGAAGAAACUCCGCCUGAGCCCAGCACUGAGGUCUUGAGACUGGCAGGCCCUUCUCCAGGCUGGACGUCUUGGUCCAGUUAGGCCGCUCCUUUCUGCCUGCCUUUCCUGCUCCAUUUUGCCAUGCACGUCUUGGUUUGACAUAAUGAGGCAGACCCAGUCAUGGCCUCCACGAUGGGGAAAGAGAAGCCUCUCUCUCUUCGUGAGCCAGGACCUUCUGUGGAGGGACACUGUCAUCACUUCACCAUCCUUGCUGGAAACAGAAGAGAGGAAAAGGGCUAAGAUUGUAACAGAAAGGACAGAGAUUAGACACAUGGAAAAACUGACCCAUGGGAUGAAAGACUUCAAAAUGCGUCUACUUGGGGCCGGCGCAGUGGCGCUCUAGGUUAAUCUUCCGCCUGCGGUGCCAGCAUCCCAUAUGGGCACUAGUUCUAGUCCCAGCUGUGCCUCUUCCAGUCCAGCUCUCUGCUAUGGCCUGGGAAAGCAGUAGAAGAUGGCCCAGGUGCUUGGGCCCCUGCACCCAUGUGGGAGACUGGGAAGAAGCUCCUGGCUCCUAGCUUCGGAUAGGCACAGCUCCGGUCGUUGCAGCCAUCUGGGGGUUGAACCAACGGAAGGAAGACCUCUCUCUCUGCCUUUCCCUCUCACUUUCUGUAAUUCUA